UGCAGGUUUGUACAGUGAUGUCUGGAUGUUGCGCAGUUUGUGUUGGUUUGUAUGUGAGAGCUGCAGGGUUUGGUUGUGAUUAGUGGGUUACAAUAAAACACAGUACAAGACUAGACUCGAAACAGACUCUUCUUCAAUUAAAGUAUGUGGCUGUCCUCCCUCGUGAUAUUCUCAACGGUAGCCUGGCUAAAUUAAGAACAGAGAAGUUGCUGUAUUAUUGUGAGCUCUUUCCUGCCAGUUGUUUCUUACUCAAAUUGGUUACCCUUUGAAACGUCAUGAUUGACGCCUCAGACAACUGUCCACAUGAAACGGUAGUUUUUCUGAGAGGAUGAGAUGUAUUCGAUUUAACUUUUUUUCCACUGAACGGAGUCAUGGCAUGGAGUCAACAAGCCAAUCAGGAGCUCACUGAAGUGCUGAACCAACUCUGGCGCCUGGAUACCAACCGCCUCAAACCGGAGACUGAUUACAUAAUUUCCCUGCAGGGGAAGGCAGGCUAUGUGGCUCAGGGCAGCAACUAUGCCAGAGACCGGGCCAGGGCUCCGCUCUUCACAUAUGUCAACGAAGACAAACUCAAGGGUAUCGAGACAUAUUUACAUUUCAUCAACUUGCUGGACAACUACGAGACAUCCACAGGUGUAUCAGAGAAGGUGACGUCAGAGGAGCUUCACGAGAACAGGCUCUUUAUCGAAUCCAUGAUGGAGACCGAUGUCAUGAAGUAUGCUCACAAGUAUCUGGUCAGUAAGGGUCAGUCGUCAUCAGAGCCCGGGCAGUUCAAGAGACAGUUGUAUGACAUCUGGUUCCGCCUCUACCACAGAGACAGGAGUGGAGGACAGGAUUCCUGUGGGUUUGAACAUGUGUUUGUGGGAGAAACCAAGUUUGGCCAGGAGGUCACUGGUUUUCACAACUGGGUCCAGUUCUACCUGCAGGAAAAACACGACCACGUUGACUACAAAGGCUACAAAGCAAGAGACAACAAAUAUACACCUGAUGAAGAUGACCAUGUCCUGAACCUGCAGUUCAGCUGGAACGGCUUGGUGAAGCCGAUUGGCGGCUGCUUCAUUGGUGUGAGUCCAGAGUUUGAGGUGGCUCUCUUUACCAUCAUCUUCCUCAUGUCGACUCAGAAGAUGACGUCUGUGGUGGUGAAAGUGGACGAGUACGUGCUGGAGCUGGUUGUCUAUCGACACGGACGAUCCAUCGGCACGUCCUACCCCAAACUGCUCAGCAGCAACCACAAGGAUUUGUAAUAUCGGUCCAUCCAAGCUGUCAGAUGCCAUGUAAACAUUUAUAUUUUCAACAAAUUGUGACACUUUGAUUUCAUUCCUUUAUAAACUUAUAAAACAAA